AUGCAACACGAAAACUCCAAGAAUCUUCAAGGUUUAGUCCAUACCUUCGCCGCAAAUCCCUCCCUCGAAAAUCGCACAAGCACCAACGGCAAGACCGAAAGGAAAUCAAAACGACGUCACCGAGGGGGCAACGGGAAGCGUUUUCGUUGCGGCCACGAAGACUGUGGCAAGACUUACUCCCGUGCUGAACACCUUCAAAGGCAUCAGUUAAAUCAUGAUCCCAAGGAGAUAUUUUACUGUGGCACACCCGGCUGCAAUCUAUCCUUUGUCCGGAAGGAUUUGUGUGAUCGUCACAGAAAGCGUCACAAUCAGCAAUUCUUGGACCAGCAGCCUGUAGAUCCAGAUGGCGAUCAGCCCUUCGAAGUUGACGGUAGUGACUCCGGCAGCAGCACAGAUGAGAGCAGCACUCCCAUCAGCCGCCCGGAUGUGAUCCAACCAGUCUCGGGUGGAGAUGAGGGUAAAAAGCGAACGCUAAUGAAUGAACACGACUCUUCGCGCUACCAAUCUCUUCGAAACCGCUUCUCAGGCUUUUCACAUGACGCAGAUUCCCCAGUCCCGAAUCGCGACCCUGUAACACCACAAAGACCGGAAAGCGCAUUUCAUUCCGAAGUCUCCACCAACAAUGAGGAAUUACAGAGAGCUGUAGCAGAUGCCAAUGAAUAUCUGGCCCAGCCUGAUCCUAUCCAGACUUUCCCUCAGCUGUCACGCUACCAAAGUAAUGUCUCAGCUGAUAUGCUCAUAUCAAAUGUCGAGCACAACGCGUCUGAUCCCAAUCAAGUUUCCCCUUAUGGCAGCCGAAACGAUUUUCCCGCAACCCUGCCCAGACAUCAUUCUGUUUCCACCCACGCCGAGACUUUUGAGAUAGGAUCGCCCACCAUGCUUCGACAGGUUCCAAUUUCCACAGCAUUUGGCUCUGGUUUCAAUAACUUCGAGAUACCAUUCUCCACCUCGAGACUAGAGGAUCAGAAUUUUGGCAUCUCACCAUCUGCUGGUACAGAUGAAUUCACUUCGUGGCUCUUUGAUCAGAAUGGAGGUGUCUACAAUGGCCAGUCCAGUGGGGAAGUCGCCUUCUCCAACAUUUACCAACCAAACGUCUUUGGUCAAGUGUAUUCGAAUCAUUUCUCCACCCCCGAGAUCGAGAUCCCCUUCACAAAUACCUUGAGUCAAUCACUGGCUCCUAGUCAACCACCUGAGCCGCUUGCUACGACAGAGACCUCAUUACUCUCUAGCUGGAAGCGGCAAAAUCUCUUGGAGAUCCUGCAACAACGAUUCUCUGGAAGUGGCAGCUCUGGUUUCUAUGAUCGAUCUAUCAAACAACAAAUCUUCGAAGGCAAUGUCGAUGACAAUGAACACGUUCUGAGUAUGUCUUCACUCAACCGCUUCAUUGAGAACUACUGGAAGAACUUCCACGAUCAAUUCCCCAUCUUACACCAGCCAUCUUUCCUUCCAAGCUUUGUACAUGAAUACCUCCUCCUCGCGGUAGUAGUUAUGGGAGCUUCUCUACUGAACCGUUACGAAUAUGGUCCAGAUUUUGCCGAUAGAGCCGCCCAGUUGGCAAACUUCAUCGCUUGGAAUCUUCGUUGGCAAGUCUUCACGGAUCCGGACUCGUGUCCGCCCGCGAAGCUCUGGGUAUUGCAGACCCUCGCUAUUUUGGAAGUCUACGAGAAAACAAAUUCGACCAGAGCACUCCAUGAACGUGCCCAUGUUCAUUUCGCCGCGACGCUAACGUUGAUGCGAAGGGGCAGCGCCUUGGUAGGUGAUUCCACUCAGCCGGCGUUAAGGAUGGGCAUCUCGGGUGAAGCAAGUCAUGGUCUCCUGAGAGGUGAAGAGUCACCGCCUCUAGCUGAGAAGUGGUGGACGCAAUGGAUCGCUCAAGAAGCAACUCGUCGAGCCGCUUUUGGUGCGUUCCUAUUGGACUCUAUGCACGCCAUUAUGUUUGGACACGCAGCUACUAUGGUUAUUCACGAAAUUCAACUUCCACUUCCGUGUGAUGAUACUCUGUGGUCUGCCCCAACUUCCUCGGAAGUUGGUCGCAUUGAGUUUAGUCUUUACACGAAUGGCAUCAAGCCUACGACAUUUCUGACAGGCUUAAAACGCACACUGAGCUGCAGGCGUGUCAGGACCAACCCCUUUGGGCGGAUUUUACUGAUUGCCGGGCUGUUAUCAGUAUCUUGGCAUAUGCAUCAGAGAGACUUGUACGGUAAGAGCCUUGACAAGGAUAAUAUGGGAGUCCCAGAAGGAUGGAAAGCACAGCUUGUCAAAGCUCUUGAAUGGUGGAAGAAAGAUUUCGACGAAAGCCUUGCGUAUAUGAGGAGGUCGGGCAUCGAUGUCCACAAAACAGGGUUCACGCAGGAACACAUACGCACGUCUGACUCUUUCGCUUCAGUCUUGUACCACCUUGGUCACAUCGGAGUCCAAGUCGACAUGCCUGAUUUAUGCAUUCUAGCAGGUGCGAAGACCUUACUUGGACGAGUGAUCACAGUGUCUGAUCGCGAACGUGUGCACAUCAGGAUGAAAGCCUGGGCAACCUCCGCAGCAGCAAGACAUGCAGUUCACUAUAGUGUUCGCUUCAUCUGCUCUAUUCUCUUGCAAGAUGUGAAGAGUAGGAGACCGGACCACAAACACGAGAUUUCACGAUUUGAGAACAUGGAUGGCCACUCCAUCUAUAACUAUAGCGCCGCCGCCGAUUUCCUGCUACCUAGGCCAUGGGUGCUGUAUUUUUCCACCCUUGUGGUCUGGGCAUAUGGAUUCUUGUUAGAGGGACAAUUGAGACCGUUUCCCGAUAACUUACAGUACCCGCCAAUCAGACCAAGUCAGGAAAUAACCCUUGAGCCACCACAAUCGCCUCAGACUGAUCCAUUGAAAGAGAGGGAACAAGAUGCGAAAGCAUAUCUCAAGACAAUGACGAGAUUUGAAUCUCCUGCCACUCUGGAGAAGUUGUCAAUGGGACGCAACAAACUCAUUGGCCUGAUAAGCGUUGUGUCAAAGGUCCUGGAAGGUUCGAAGUGGGAACUGUUGAACGAGGCACGCGAUCGGCUCCGUGGAGCUGCAGAGUGUUUGAGGCCCACGCCCCCGACUUAG